AAAACGUGUUUUUUUUCUCACCGCACGUCUGUUUAUCCGCCCACCGUACUCACCUCUCCCAGAAUCCCCGCCGGAGUUCAUGCCCGGCAAUGCCCCGCACAACCCCUGCGGUGCGGUCCCCCUCCUGCUCACCGCGCCUAAAAUCCUCACCGGAGCUCACGUCGCCUUUCUCCCCGCAGGCGGCAGCAGCAGUCGGCCCAAAUGCACGUCAUCGGCACCUCCCGCCGCUUGCGCGCAGCUGACUCUCCGCCGCCACACCCUCAGCAAGAAGCAGCAGAGGAAGUAUGCAAGGAAGACAGAGAAUGCAAACAAGUAGGCGCAGGGCCAGCAGAAGCCGGCCGACGCCGAUGACCCCUUUGUGGUCAACUACUACGAUGUUCCCGUGUAAGAGAUCCAGUCGAUGCCCAUCUUCGGCUGCUCGUGGAUCAAGAUUGGCGACCUCGCUCGACGACGUGCCGAGGCCGCUCCGUGCUUAUCAGCGGGGCUACGCAGGCUAUCCGCCGGGUCAGCAAGAAGUAGAAGAUGGACUUCGUCAUGCUGUCGCCCGUGCUGGCACCGGCAUCAGCACGCAGAUGGUGCACUUAGGUAACGCCGUUAGCAAGGAGUCCAUCGGCAAUGUUGAGGAUGUCGUUUCCCUCCAAAAGUAACCCCUCAAGGCCACAACACAGCAGGUUUGUUGGACUUGUAUCCUUUUUCAGUUCCUGUCAACACAAAGCAGGCAAACCCGCACCAUCUGAUCUGAUCUGAUCUGAUGCGUGUUACUAUGUUCGUAUUAUUGCUACCUUGUGACUCUAGGAAGAUGAACUAACAUGGGAUGGUCGUGUUGUUUGUACAUACAUGCUGAAUUUGUUGUCAAAAUAAAUUAAGUUUACUGAUGUCGCCUAAUUCACACCUGCCCGGAGUGAGGUGGAGUUUGAGAAGGCUCAACAGGUAUGACUUAUGCACAUUAUGUGAUUUUAUUUGCAUUCUGUUUUGAGUGUGCACACGAUUUCGUGCUCAGUUUUUUUCUAUCAAUGAUGUUUAGUUUUUUUUAAUAGGCAGUAUGCAUAUUCAGGGAACAACCACUCAUUUAUGACCUUUACAUUCUCUUAUCUCCUCACAAGGUCUUCCCCUAAAGAAGCAGGACAUUUAUCACAAACAAGGAGCGUUUGUAGGAGUUCAAAACAAGCAUUAUUGAUGUGCAACAAUUUAUUUUCAGAAGAAUAGUAUUUCCUGUGCUACCUUCGUCAGGGAAACAAGCUUGACACUUCAGAAUUGAAAUUCUGAAUUGGUCGAAAUUGGUCAGAUGACAGGAGGAAAUAAUAACAAGAUCGAGAUCAUCAGCAUGCUCUUGAAGAGAGGAGCGAUGGAAAGUAGUCGUAGUGGCAGCGAUCAUGAUCCGGUGCUCCCGCCGGGGUACCGUUUCUACCCGACGGAGGAGGAGCUGCUGGGCUUCUACCUCCGCCACCGCCUCGCCGGCACCAGGUCCCAGGUCGAGCACUUCAUCCCCGUCGUCGACAUCUACAGCCACCAUCCCUCCGAGCUCCGGGCGAUGGCCGGGGCCGCGAACGUGGGCGACAAGGAGCAGUGGUUCUUCUUCUGCCCACGCGCGGAGCGGGAGCUGAACGGCGACCGGCCCGCGCGCACCACGCGGUCGGGGUACUGGAAAGCCACGGGGUCGCCGUCCUACGUCUACUCCGCGCCGCCGGCCAGCCGCGUCAUCGGGGAGAAGCGGACCAUGGUCUUCUACGAGGGCCGCGCGCCCACGGGCACCAAGACCCGCUGGAAGAUGAACGAGUACAAGGCCGUCGCCGCCGCCGCCGCCGCCGACGCGCCGCCGGCGGCGGCGGCGGGGUCACCCGUCAGGGUACGUAUACGUGCCGCAUGUAUGCGAUUAAUUUCUUGGUUAAUAUAAUUUGGUUGUGCAUUUAUGGCGAUGGCAAUUCUUAUCUGCAAAUUAAUGAUAUAACUAUGAUCACUAUACGUACGGAGACCUUGCAGCUGCGGAACGAGUUCAGCGUGUGCCGCGUCUACACCAGCAACGGCACGCUGUGGUCCUUCGACCGCCGGCCCCUCAACCCGGCGGCCGCCGGCCUCGACGAUCAAGCUGCGGGCCACCGCUACCAGCAACAAGAAGCUCUACCACCACCGGCGGCGGCGGGCAGCCAGAUGGCCGCAGUCGACAUGGUCGUCGCAGCCGCCAACGGGCAGUCGUCAGAUGAGCAUUCCCACGGCAGCUCGUCGUCGGGGUCGCUCGGGUUCGUCGUGGAUGGAGCAGGAGACGCCGCCGCGGCCAUCGACUGGGACUCGCUGAUUCCACCUGUCGAUUACCUCCGCUUCAGCGACGUGGAUGACUUGAGCCAUGUCGUUUGGCCCCCAAAUUGACACGUACCCUCGUGCGUGAGCCAAAUUAAUCAGGUGAUUAAGAGGUUAUUAAUGGUUCGUGUCGUGGGAUGAGAACUCACAGUCGGGUGGCGUAACGCACCUGCCUAACCCUGAGGGUGUGAAACUCGGGGGGGGCGCUAGAGGUUUUGCCUGAUCUCGCCAAGGGCUCAAGAACACGAAAAGAUUUAGAGUGGUUCGGGCCGCCGGAGCGUAA